AAGACAUUCAAGAUGGCUGCGCCCAUGGAAUAUAUUUCGGCUAUUCAAAUUUUGGUUUCUCCGCCGUCUAAUUCAACUGAUGCACAAGGAGCCAUUGAUGAUGCAGCAAGGUUUGACCACUCUCUGAGGUCAACCCUUGGUAAACUACACCAGGCAAUUGAAAGUGAUAAGAAAUGCCAACAUCUAGCUUUUGCCCUGGGGGCUGCACUCAGUGACUGGAAAGAGAGACUAACUGAAGAGGAAGACAUACGCUGGUUGUAUGUAGAACACUGUCUUGGUCUGCUCAAAGGAUUGAAGGAUGCCGUGGUCUUGCAGAUGAUAGAAUUCCAGGAGGAUCAAAGAACAAAACAGUCCAAGCCUCCAAAGCCAGGACCUGAUGUUGCUCCACCAUUAUCCCCCGACACUUUCAGCAUCGGACAGCAGAAGAAUCUAACAACUGUCCUGCAGUUCAUAGUUUGCCUGGGUCUUGUAUCCAAUCUGAAGCAAGGGGUUGGGAUCCCAAUUGAGAAGCGUUCCGGGUUUGGGCAGAUGCUGGCUGGCAGAAAGUCAAACCCUGAUGAUGAUAGACUGAAGCGUGUUGUGAAGGUGCUUCUGGAAUGUGUUGAACAGCCUUCUCUAGGAGGGCUGAUCCUGACGCGACAUCUUGGUGACCUCCUGGCAGCUCUGCUGCAGAUUUGUUACUCCCCAAAAUCGUCUUCCAGUCAAUCUCAGAAGCCGUCAAGAAAUGAGGGCAAACAACAGGGCAAGAAGGUCAUUGGUAAAACAGAGGUUUCAAGCACAGACGCCUCAGAGCACAGUGGUGUUACUGAUGGCUUAGACAGGUCAUCUGGUGAUAAAACGGCCACCAAGUCCGGGAUGCCAUUAUUCAGCAGCCCGGGCUUAAUUGGCCUAGAGUUUAAACCUAAGUCCGAAUGUGGACAGACACCAGAAACAGAAAGUCAUGGUUCUGAAUUUGAAAUAAACGCUGAUCACAGUAGGAGCAAGCAGUCAUCCACUGAUAACUCUGGUAAUUUAGAAAACACAGAUAGUGCAUCUCUCCAAGUUGGUACAGUGAGUCUGGACAAAGAUUUGAAAGCUCCAGGAACCGAAAGAGCAGCUGCCUGCUCUGACGGCACGGAGUUCUUCCAAUCCCAGUUGAAGCGCCUUCUCCAGAAGACCUUCCAGCCCAUGGUCAUUAGAGAGCUUCUCUUCCUUCAGGGCGGUCCUGGCUCCCAAGGCAAGCAAACCACCCUGAAGGCAGACACAAAGAAGGUUUCAAAGGGUGGACAGAGUCCCCUUCCAAGGGCGCCACUGUGGCUGAGGCAGGAGUGUGGGAGGCUCUUGACAGAGCGGCUAAUGCAACCCAAAGGAAUUCAGUGGGUGCUCCGAGGGCUAGUGGACAUUGGAGGAGGGAUGGGCCAGUCCCCCUCCUCAUCUUCCACACCAGACUGGAGGAAGUGCGAUGCAGUAGCUCGUCUCAUCACAGACUGUCCCCUGCAAGGCAACACGCUGGAGAAAUACUACAAACAAGUGUGCCCACAGAUUCUUGAGUUGUUGCGCUUCAAAAACCAGGCACUGCUGAAGCAGGUGCUCCGCGUCGCUAGCAGCUGCAUCAUUGCCAUGACGACGCAUCAUCCCCAGCUGGCUGGCAUUCAUCUGAUUGGCCCGUUGCUGGAGCCACUCCAAGCAACCCUUCAUGAGAGAGUUGAAGGAGUCGUAGCAGAUGGUGACUCAUACGUAUUGGUGGAUGAAGCUACUUUAUCUCAAUGCAUUGAAGAUAUCCACCACGUCUUUGUCAGCGCCCCUGGGUCUGGUUCCUGCCUCAUCCAGAUGUUGCAGCCCGUCAUGAAUGCCUUAUUUGAGCUUCUUUGCUUCGCCAAGCAAGGCGUCUGCAACCUCAGGUCAACUCUUGAAGACAUUGUGCUUACAUUCUUCCGUCACACUGAUAAGCCAGUCGCCUUGAAGUAUCUGAGGCAUGUAGCUUUUCUUGGGUGCGACCCCACGAUCAAGAGCAUACACAGGGGGGUCAAGUUUGCUCCUGGCUCAAAGGGGGGCGCCGUAGUCAUGUUCAGACCAAAUAUCAGUGCUGAUGAGCUCUUCACCGAGGUUUUGAUGUCACAGGAGAACAGAGCAGCCACUCUGUUGGAGUUACUUCAGAAACUCAAGACGGAGGCACUGGCGGGAGACUUCUUCAUAAUUGUGCUAAAGGAGUUAACCAACAUCACUUCGUCGAACGCUACCGACCCGAAUCUCCCAAUUUCGGUUCCCCAUUCCUCAGAUGCUUCCAGCACACUCCUGGACCUUGAGGAGGGACGGGACGGUCAGGUAACCCGCCUACAGCACUCGCUGCAGGUUCUAGCCCUCUUGUCCAAGCUCUGCGAGGACCUUGGGCCAGACGUGCUGGAGAAUACCGCGCAGAUGCUGGAGUUUGCACGGGCUACGCUCGACCGUGCCGCCUCAUCCCUGGAUGUUAAGGGGGAGACGUUUGACGUCUUCGAAACUGAGACUCUGACGCUGGCGUUUGGACUGGUUUCUGCGAUCCUCAGUGGGGAUUUAGAGAAAAAGAUCACUUCGGAGCACAGACAGUCUCUCAUGGACCUCUUACCAUCACUGGAGAAAAUAUCCAACGAACACCCAAUUGAGCCGCUCCAGAGGACAGCGACAGACCUGCGCAUCUCCAUAGCAACCCACGGUGCGGUGUGGGCAGAGUCAAUGAAGGAGGCCACCGAGAAGCUAAAAUCUACAAAGACGGUUACGAAGACUGCAGCUGAAAUAAUGAAAGAGAAAAGUAAUAAAAAACCAGAAACAUCGAUCGGGAGAAGUAGGGAGAAUUCACUUCAAGAAGAUAAGGUGGAUGCGGACAGUAGGACUCAAGUUAAGAACGCAGGGAAAAGUACGGACGGAGUCACUGGUAUUCCGCAACCCAGAGACCAGCCCACACUUCCAACCCCAAAAUCCUCUGCAAGGGCAUCCGAACAAAACCCCUCUGACGGGCGAAAAGAUGACAGCAAUGCGCCCCUCAGCAAGGCCUUCGACGAGGCGUUCCAAGACCUCUUUGACCCACUCUUGCCCUCCAGGGGCCAUGCCUUGAGGGCGCUAGGCAAGCUGCUGCAAGCCCGAGACCCCAAGGCCGUGCAGAAACAGGAGAUGCUGGUGGGAAUAUUUGAGGAGAAUCUCAGCCACGAGGACUCAUACAUCUAUCUAUCAGCCAUUCAGGCUUUGUCCUGCGUUGCUGACGCUUUUCCCGAGCGGGUCAUCCCUCAUUUGUGCCAGGAGUUUGUCGCUUGCCAGCAGGAGGACAAAGCCAAGAAAAGGGUGAAGAGGACAUCGGAGACCAGAGUGAAACUUGGCGAGGCACUGGUCAGAGCCACAAGAUCCCUUGGUGAACUGGUUCCCCGCUAUAGCAAGGUCUUGCUGGGUGCAUUUCUGCACGGUGCGCAGGACACCGAUGCCGUCGUCAGGGCCAGCAGCCUGUCCAAUUUGGCCGAUGUCUGCAAACUUCUCAGGUUCUCCCUGGGCCCAAAUCUCCACGAGGUCCUGAAUUGCCUGAUGACCAUCUUGAGGAGUGAUCCAGAGCUGCAAGUCAGACGGGCCUGCGUUCUUGUGCUCACCCUCCUUCUCAGAGGCCUUGGUAAAGAUGCAAUCACGGUUCUGGAAGGUGUCAUGAAGGAUAUUUACCGAAGCCUGAAGUUGGCGCUGAGCGUGGAGACAGACGAUGUCAUCAGACUUCACUGCCAGCUUGCCCUGGAGGAGAUUGACGUUUUCAUGAGAGAAUAUCUCUUCCCAAAGCAAACACUGUCCAAGAAAAUUACUGUGCUACCUUGAUGAUGAUGUCAUAUCAAACUGGACUUGC